AUGUUUUCAACAAAACAUAUCUGCCUCUACUUCGCAAUUCUCUCAACGCUUUGGAAAGAAAAUCAAAGUAUUCAUGAAUCACGUAUAACAUUAUCCAAUACUAAUUUGCGAUUUUCACCGGGUAAUUACCCUGGUCAAAUUCUUUCAACAUUCAUCGAUGAGAACAAUUUAUUGAUGUCAUGUGUCAAAAUAUGCAAUCAAAAUAUUUUAUGUCGGAUAUUUGACAUUAAUGGCGUUCUGCCAAACCAAUGCCGAAUUUUCCAAGGUGAUAUUAAUCUUCAUGGAACAAUCAUUUCAUCAUCAAUAAACAACUCACAAGUGGGUGUGAUACAAUUUUCAAAUGAUUUGUAUGCCGCUUAUGGCCAACCAUGCUCUUCAACUCUUCCAGAAGACCGCUAUCUGGUUUGUGGAGGAAAUUUCACAUGGACAUGUCCUCAAAAUACGUACUGGAAUCCAACGAUAUCAAUGUGUUCGGCCCAAUCACCUAUACUUGGCUCAACUUGUCAACAAAACUUGAGUAUGUGCCGAGCAGAUCUUACUUUCACCUGUUUACAGUUUAAUCAAUGUGGACCACUCUCAUUGUCAAUGGGCACAACAAUCGCAAGCAGUACUACACAAAUCGCAAAUAGCCCUACGACCGGUUUGAAUUAUCCUUACAGCAUUAUUGUUAACAAAACCACAGAUAAUUCUAUAAUCGUGGCUAACUCAGGUGGAAGUCAAGUGAUUCGCCUUUAUGAUUAUAAUAUAACUACAAACAAUGUGUCACUUGUUGCGCAAACUUGGAGUGGUGGAAAUUAUCUUGGCUUACCCUUUGGUAUAGCGAUUGAUCCAAAUCAAAGAUCGAAUUUAUACGUUAGUGAUUAUAAUAAACAUUGUGUAAUAAAAUUCACUAGUAUGCAAGUUACAACCCCAAUGCCUUCAGUUGUGGUGGGUAUAUGUGGUACUAGUGGAACUGGAACGAAUGCACUGAAUACGCCAGGAGAAAUCGCAAUUGACAGUAAUGGCACUCUUUAUAUUGCCGACUCCAGCAACAAUCGUAUUUUGAAGUGGAAACCAGGAAAUCCCAAUGGAACUAUUAUAGCCGGCUCGAAUGUUGCUGGUAGCAAUUCGUUUUCUCUUUAUACACCACGUGGCGUAUUUUUGGAUGAAAAUAAUUCUUAUAUUUAUGUAAGUGACUCGAAUAAUCAUCGAAUACAACGGUUUUCAUUGUUUGGGGGAUAUCCGAAUAAUGGCACGACAGUGGCUGGUGGAAAUGGCCAAGGCGCAUCGAACAACAAACUGAAUACGCCUUUUGCCGUAUAUGUGUCGACAAAGACAAAAGCCUUGUAUAUCGCAGACAGCGUCAAUCAUCGAAUUCAACGCUGGAGUCAAGGUGCACAAUCGGGUGUCACUAUGAUUGGCGACCCAAGUGGGUCUUCAGGUAAUAGUGCUACUAUGCUCUCUUCCCCAUAUGGAAUCGCUCUGAAUGACGAUGAAACAUUUCUUUAUAUUGCUGAUACUGGAAAUCAUAGAAUUCAACGUGUUCAGCUGAUUUAA